AUGGGUUCAAAUCAUGGGUGUAGUGCAAAUGAGAUCUUUGAAGGUCAAAUUCACUUGUACAAACACUUGUAUGCCCAUGUACUAGAUUCAAUGAGUCUUAAAUGGAUGAUUGAGCUUGGCAUACCAGACAUAAUCCACAACCAUCAUCAACCCAUUACACUUCCAGAGUUGGCGUCCACUCUUCAAAUUCCGCUAACUAAAGUUAGAGGUGUGCAGAGUCUCUUACGCUACCUGGCACAUUGUGGAUUCCUUCAGAUUGUAAGAAUCCAUCACCACACAGAAGAAAAGGAAGCAUAUGCUCUAACUGCUGCAUCACAGCUUCUUCUCAAAGGCAGUGACCUUAGUCUUGCGCCAAUGGUAGAACUUUUAACGAAACCACAUGCAGUACAUGCAUGGUCUCAAUUGAAGAAGUGGACUUAUGAGGAUGAUCUUACACUGUUUGAUGUCUCCCUAGGAUCAAAUUUGUGGGACUUUCUUGGUAAAAACCCAGAAAAUAACAAGUUGUUCAAUGAGUCAAUGGCUAGUGAUUCUCAAAUGAUGAACUUGGCAUUGAGAGGUUGCAAUUGGGUGUUUGAAGGAGUGGAGUCCAUUGUGGAUGUCGGAGGUGGAACUGGAACCACAGCCAGGGCUAUCUGUGAUGCAUUUCCAAAUGUGAAGUGCACUGUGUUUGACCGUCCACAAGUUGUGGAGAACUUAUCGGGAACCAACAAUUUGAGAUAUGUUGGUGGUGACAUGUUCGAAUCUAUUCCCAAGGCUGAUGCAGUUUUACUCAAGUUGAUUUUGCAUGAUUGGAAUGACAAUGAUGGUAAGAAGAUAUUAGAAAAUUGCAAAGAAGCUAUUUCUGAUAAAGGCAAAAGAGGAAGAGUAAUUUUGAUAGAAACUGUGAUAAAUGAAGGCCAAGAUGAGCACGGACUUACUGGACUAAAGCUCGCCAUGGAUGUGCGAAUGACAUGUCUUUUAAAUGGAAAAGAAAGAAGUGAAGAAGAAUGGAAGAAGCUGUUUAUGGAUGCAGGAUUUCAGAGCUACAAAAUAUAUCCUUUGACAGGAUAUUUGUCUUUGAUUGAGAUCUAUCCUUGAAUAAUGAAGUUAUAGUGAUGCAUUUAGUAGUUUCUUCCGUGAUGUAUGCAUCAAAUAAAGUUGCCGCGUUUACAUUUCUAGUACCAAUAAA